AUGCCUCAGGGCGAGAGCAGUAGCGCAAGCACUGCAUCGUCUGCUGCCACUUCUUCUUCCUCCAAGUCCGCUUCACCCUUCGAUGCCAUACCUCUCAUCUCCGAUGACCUGGACUCUCUGCGGUCCAACAUUAUGAAUCUCCUUGGAGCUGGUCACCCGUCUCUCGACUCUGUAGCAAAGUACUAUUUUCAGGCGGAAGGCAAGCAUAUUCGGCCGCUGAUCAUCCUGCUCAUGAGCGCAGCUACCAAUGGCACCUCGCCGAUCUUCGGCCAUGGGACGACGAGGCAUGAGGAGAUGGAUCUGACUGGUGUGGACGAGCCUCUGAGCCCCAAGAGUAUCCUGAAUGAUUACAAUCCGAAUCUCAGUGGGGAGGUUUCUUCCGCAUCUGCGAGCAGUUCCUCCUCGGUCAUUCUCCCAACACAGAGACGUCUGGCGGAGAUUGCCGAAAUGAUCCAUGUUGCCUCCCUUCUUCACGACGACGUCAUCGACGAGUCGGCACUACGGAGAGGUGCUCCCUCUUCACCUUCGACCUUUGGCAACAAGCUCUCCAUCCUUGGCGGUGACUUCCUGCUAGGCAGGGCCUCCGUGGCCCUGGCAAGGCUGAGGGACAAUGAAGUGGUGGAACUGCUAGCAACCGUCAUUGCUAAUCUGGUCGAGGGAGAGGUGAUGCAGAUGAAGGGAGUUGACGUGGGAGCGCUCCAUGGCUCAGGCCUGACGAGCUUCUGGACACCACCUCAAGACCUCUCUGCUGCGACUUCUCAAUUCCCGGGACCCACUCCGGAGCACUUCACCUCGUACCUGCAGAAGACGUACCUCAAGACAGCCAGUCUAAUGGCCAAGUCUGCUCGAGCUGCAACAAUUCUUGGUGGUCACGGAGAGGGCGCCUUGAAUCAGUGGAGGGCAUCACAGGGAGCAGGAGGUAUCAGCGCGCAGGAGCAAGAAGAACAAAUGGUCCAUUCGGCCAGGGUACGAGAUGCAGCAUAUACCUACGGACGAAACCUAGGCAUCGCCUUCCAGCUAGUAGACGACCUGUUGGACUUCAAGUCCACAUCCGUCUCAUUCGGCAAGCCUUCUCUCGGUGCGGACCUGCGGUUAGGUCUGGCUACAGCUCCUGUCUUGUAUGCCUGGCAGGAAUUCCCUGGACCAGAAGAGAGGCUGAAGGAGAUGGUGGAGCGCAAGUUUGAGGGCGAGGGAGACGUGGAGAGGACACUGCUCGCUGUUCACAAAUCGCAAGGGCUGGCUCGAACCGCUGAGUUCGCCCGGCAUCACGCCGACGAAGCUUCAAAGGCGCUCGAUGUCAUCCCAGACUCAGAGGCGAAAGCUGCUCUUCAGCGGCUUGUUGGAGGUGUUCUAGACCGGGUCAAGUAG